GGCGGGGCGCCGGACGCCAUCGCGUCGCUACCGGCCGGCGGCGGUCUGCUCCGGACUGCAGCCGUGUCCUCGCCGCCCUCCUCUCGCCCACGCCUCCCGGGCACUCGCCUGGUCCCGGCGGCGGCGCGCGCGGCCGCGUUGGGCGGUGGCGGUUCCGGGGAUGGUGAGGCGGCGGCGCGCGGAGACGAUGCUCCGGGGCUGAGGAGACGCCGGCACACGGCGCGACUGCCGAGCGCAGCGCCCACCCGCGGGAUGGCUCAGGCGGCCGGCCCGGCGGGCGGCGGGGAGCCGCGGGCUGAGGCGGUGGGCGGCGAGGGGCCGCAGGAGCCCGAGGCAGCCGGCGGCGCGGCCGGGGGCUCGCAGGACGCGCUGAGCCUGGAGGAGAUCCUGCGGCUCUACAACCAGCCCAUCAACGAGGAGCAGGCGUGGGCCGUGUGCUACCAGUGCUGCGGCUCCCUGCGCGCCGCCGCCCGCCGCCGCCAGCCCCGCCGCCGUGUGCGCUCGGCCGCGCAGAUCCGCGUCUGGAGGGACGGCGCCGUCACCCUGGCGCCCGCGGCCGACGACGCGGGAGAGCCGCCCCCCGUUGCGGGUAAAUUGGGAUAUUCACAAUGUAUGGAAACAGAGGUCAUUGAAUCUUUGGGAAUUAUCAUUUAUAAAGCACUGGACUAUGGUUUGAAGGAAAAUGAAGAAAGGGAACUAAGCCCUCCGCUAGAGCAGCUCAUCGACCGCAUGGCCAACACGGUGGAAGCUGACGGCAGCAAUGACGAGGGCUAUGAGGCUGCAGAAGAAGGCCCAGAAGAUGAAGAGGAUGAAAAGAGGAAAAUCUCAGCUAUUCGGUCGUAUAGAGAUGUCAUGAAGUUGUGUGCUGCUCAUCUCCCUACUGAAUCAGAUGCACCAAAUCAUUAUCAGGCCGUAUGUCGUGCACUGUUUGCAGAAACAAUGGAGCUCCAUACAUUUCUGACCAAAAUUAAGAGUGCAAAGGAGAAUCUUAAGAAGAUUCAAGAAAUGGAAAAGAGUGAUGAAUCUAGCACAGACUUGGAAGAGCUGAAAAACGCUGACUGGGCACGAUUCUGGGUACAGGUGAUGAGGGAUUUGAGGAAUGGGGUAAAACUCAAGAAGGUCCAAGAGCGGCAGUACAACCCUUUGCCCAUUGAAUAUCAGCUCACCCCUUAUGAGAUGCUAAUGGAUGACAUUCGCUGCAAAAGAUACACCUUGCGAAAAGUGAUGGUGAAUGGUGAUAUUCCCCCUCGGUUAAAAAAGAGUGCUCAUGAAAUCAUCCUCGACUUCAUCAGAUCCAGACCUCCUUUAAAUCCAGUCUCAGCCAGAAAACUGAAACCAACUCCACCAAGGCCACGGAGCCUCCAUGAAAGAAUAUUAGAAGAAAUUAAAGCAGAAAGAAAGCUGCGGCCUGUCUCACCAGAGGAGAUUAGACGUAGCAGAUUAGCAAUGCGGCCACUUAGCAUGUCUUACAGUUUUGACUUGUCAGAUGUAACUGCCCCUGAAUCUACAAAGAAUCUUAUGGAGUCAUCUAUGGUGAAUGGAGGUUUGACAUCACAAACAAAAGAAAACGGGUUAAGUACUGCACAGCAGGUGCCUGCACAGCGGAAGAAGCUCCUCAGAGCCCCAACUCUGGCUGAGCUGGACAGCUCUGAGUCUGAGGAAGAAACCCUGCACAAGUCGACCAGCAGCAGCAGCGUGUCUCCUUCUUUCCCUGAAGAGCCAGUCCUGGAGGCCGUGUCCACAAGGAAGAAGCCUCCCAAAUUCCUACCCAUAUCAUCAACACCCCAGCCAGAGAGACGGCAGCCGCCCCAGAGACGACAUUCCAUUGAAAAGGAAACGCCUACGAACGUGAGGCAGUUCCUGCCGCCUUCCAGGCAGAGCUCCCGCUCUCUUGAGGAAUUCUGCUACCCAGUGGAAUGCCUCGCUCUUACUGUGGAAGAAGUGAUGCAUAUUCGCCAGGUCCUGGUGAAGGCAGAGCUGGAAAAAUACCAACAGUAUAAAGACAUCUACACCGCCUUGAAAAAAGGAAAGCUCUGCUUUUGUUGCCGAACCAGGAGGUUUUCCUUCUUCACUUGGUCUUAUACCUGUCAGUUCUGUAAGAGGCCGGUGUGCUCACAGUGUUGCAAAAAGAUGCGGCUGCCCUCCAAGCCAUACUCCACUCUUCCUAUCUUUUCAUUGGGACCUUCUGCUCUGCAAAGAGGCGAAAGUAGUAUGAGGUCAGAAAAACCCUCUGCUGCCCAUCAUCGACCACUGCGGAGCAUUGCCAGGUUCUCCUCAAAAUCUAAGUCUAUGGACAAAUCAGAUGAAGAACUCCAGUUUCCCAAAGAGUUGAUGGAGGACUGGAGCACCAUGGAGGUGUGUGUGGACUGCAAGAAGUUCAUUUCGGAAAUCAUCAGUUCAAGCCGGCGCAGUCUGGUGUUGGCCAACAAACGGGCCCGAUUGAAAAGGAAAACGCAGUCUUUCUAUAUGUCCCCGCCAGGCCCCUCGGAGUACUGCCCCUCGGAGAGGACGAUCAGUGAGAUCUGAGCCUCGUGCCUUUCAGCUGCUUUUGUGCUUAGAGUCGGCGUCCGUGCGCCAGAACACUGAGCCGGGCUGGCUCUCCUUUCUGUGGUUUUAUUUAAUGGGCUUGAAUUUGCAUUAGAUCAGAUUUUUGCUGCAUCACAUUGUUCCACAGACUGAAUGCUGUGUUCAUAUCAAUUGAUGAAACGUGACAGGUCCACCAAUUGCUCGUUUGCACUGAGAGAGGAGAACAGUUUGAAACUUACUUUUGUGUGUGUGUGGCUUUGGGAGCCAGUAACUACUUCCUUAGUUCAGUUCUUUACUGUUCCUCGAAUAAUCUCCUGACUAAGGCAAAAAAAAUCAGAAAAGCUUCUCCUGGAGAAUCAGUCUAACAGAGACGCCAAUGUCAGCACAGCCCUAAGCAGUAAGUCAUAUUGGCAUUUCCACGUGACUGUGUUUCUAUCCCGUGUACAGAGAGACCCAGAGCCCUACACGCCAGGACCUGGGGGCUCACCGCACAGAACCUAGAAGCACCUGCUGACACUCUCCAACUGAUUUUUACAUUAUUGUUGCUUGGAGAUAAAAAUUAUAUAAGGGAGUUUAUGCCUGCAUUCUAGUGCAGAACAUCUGAAGAGCUGUACACCCACAGGGUGACUGUUUCCCCUGAGUGGCCGUGUUGUCCCCGUGCCCUGAAUCAGUGUCUCCUGCGUGGAUGACAGGUCUUCAUUCCCUAUCUUGAAUGUAUUAUGGUUACUAAUAGUUUUAUAAUGGAGGUCUAAGAAUUGAAGUUUUGUGGGAGUUUCAGGACAAAGGAAGGCUAAAAGUUUGUGAAGAAGUUGAGCAUAUUUUGGUUACUUCUGAGAAGGGUUGUGACAGUGUACAGUGGCAGCUGUUGGCCACGCUGCAGAAAUGAGCUGGAGCUCAUGCGUUUUCAGCUACGUUUUUCAUCACUUUAUAGUACAUCCAUCUUGAGUAAAUUAAGCCACAAUUUGGUACCUAGGGUCUCAAAAACUGAAAUUUAUUUUUAUAAAUGAAUUUUAAAAGAAAAAAUACCUACUUCUUUUAAAGUUAGAAGACAAUUAACCUGCCGACAGGCAACAUUUUUGGGGUGCUUUCUGCACUAGUUUUCCUUGUAAAUGAUUUGAGUGAGUAGGUUGGGUUUCUAACGAAAGUAGGCUGGAGGGUAGCAUUGUAUGCCUCAAAUGUCUCAGUGUGUUUGACUCAUACCAUGGGCUAUACUUUAUUAUUCCGGUAUGCUUAGAAAUGACCAACCAAUCAAAUUGCCAUUAAAGCUUGGAAAAUCUGUUAAUGCACAUGCACAAUAAUUUCCAGAAAGCCGUAGGACACGUCUGCAGUCAGCACCAGGACAGCACCGUGUCAUGAAAGGCAUGGCGGCUGCAUUUCAUACCACAUCAAAUACAGUAACAUUUCUCUACUAAAUUAACAGCAAUACCUCAAAACUGCUCCGGUAGUAGUUUUUAAUGGGUUGAAAUUUACAGUUUAGUAAAUGGCUUAAAAUUACUUAUACUUACGAAAUAAACUUUACCAGUUGACUAAAAUAAUGCAUGUUAACAGUUGGUCUGUAUUUGCAUGUAAAAGUGGGCCACCAGAGAACCCUCAUUGAUUACUUAAUUUAAGUGUUUAAAUUAUUUUAAAGACUCCUGUUUAAGAGUUUUAAGAAUUGUACUGGGUGAAUCUCAUUUAUAAAACUUCCUAAGAGCCUAUCUGAACUCUAUACUCCAGACAGUUAGGUGGGAGUAGAAAUCUACCCCCUUUGAUAACCCCAGGCUUGAGUUUUUAAAAUGACUACCCAGAAGGGCACAAGGGGGAGGAAGUGGUAUUUGUAUAUGUAUAUAAAUAUGCACCUAGGAGAAUGUGCUUUUUAAAAUAAUGACUACUGUUUUUACUAAAACAUAAGAAACUACACCCCCAAAAUAAGACUUUCAUUCACAUUCACAAAGCAAACAUCUAGUAAAUGUCUUUCACUUCACUUUAUGAUACUGUAUUGGAUGAUAUGGGCAUUACAAUCACCUGUUACCACAGCAUAGACCAUCCAUUCUUCAACAGCAUUAACGGAGUUUGCCAAGUGCAUUAAAGAGGUCACGGGGAGGGUACGUUCAUAUGAAACAAUCUGCAGAAAGUGGCAUAAGAAAGGGCACAUGGCACAAAGUUGUAGAAAUCAAAUUACUAUCAUUUUUUGUUGCCAAAACAAAGUCUUACAUUUAACCCCCCUUUGUACCACCUGCCUCAACACUUCACCUAAGCUAGAUAAUUUCCAUAGGGUAAUUCACUAAGAGCUUGUGGAGCUUGGUUUUAAAAUCCUUAGCCUAGUCUGACUUUAGGCAUAGCUUCCAGUUCUCCCUUCCUUGUCCUGGUUUCUUGUUCAGCUUUUACUUCUAAUCCAACAACAAAACAGAUGGCUGGCUGGUCUCAGCUAGCGUCUGAUGUGUCUUAGACCAUGUGUGCAUUUCUGAACCAUCAUCCCUGCUCUCCUCUCAGCUCCCUCCAGGCCUGAGCACCGGUUCCUUUUGUCCCGUACGUCAUAAAGUCACACUAUUGGGAAACCUGUGCUUUCCUCUCCAUGGCUCAACUCCCUGUCAGUGUCGGAGUGUAUAAGAAUGCUUGUAAAUAUUGUAAUAUACUUAUUAAUAUUUGAAAGAUAUUCAUUCAGUGGACAGGGGGAAUUAACUCUCCCAAGGCGAGUGAAAAGAAAUGAUCGACAUGUACAUUGAUUUAACAAUCUUAUUAGAUUUUAAUUCUUAAGUAUUUCAAAUGAAACCAGAAGGUAGUUAUGUAGGAGGCUUAAAAUGAUCUUAUGUCUAAGGAGAUUCUGUUAUUAGCACCAUGAACUCGUACUAUGAAAUUUUUAAGCCUUUUAUUUUUCUAACUAUAUUAAUAUAGGACUGGAUUUUAGGCAUCAUAGAGGAAACACAAAAGUUGUUGCUGUUUGCUAAAGCAAUAUAGCAGAAAAUUUCGUACAUGCAAAACUGUUGAAGGACCACAGAGAAAUGUGUACUACUGACGGGGCUUUUACUAGGCUUCCUGCAUGUGUAAAAGUCGAGGUAUUGCUGGCAUUCAGGGUGACAUGAUGGUACUAAAUGUUUUCCAUUAAAGUCUUCUAUUUUAAAAUUUAGGGAAAAAUAAAAUGGCUUUCCAUCA